AUGAAUAAUAUUCCACAUAUUAUUGUAUUUGCAUAUAAUAAAGAAAAUGUAAAAAGUUUCUUGAAAAAUCUAGAAGAUAAAUUCGAAUUCUUAGAAUAUUAUAAAAAUUCAGAUUAUUUUAGAAUUAUAUUUAACAAUAAAAACGUAAGUAAAGAAAAUAACUAUUUUAUAUUUAGAAAUGAGGCAAAAAUUAGAAUAGUAAAUAAAUAUUACUCCGCUGAUGUUAUUAUAUCUUCAUGUAUUGUUAAAACUAAGAAGAAAAAGGAUCAUGAAGGAAAAGAAGAAAAUAAAGAACUAAAACAAGAACAAUCAGACAAAGAAAAGGAAGAGGAAAUAGAUGUAAAACAAAUACUUUAUGAAUGUAUAAUUUUUUUAUUUGACGAUUUUAAUGUAAAUGAAAAAACAUUAAUUAAUGAAAAUCCUUUUAGAAAUUACGAUAAUGAUUGUUUAGAGUAUAUAGAAGAUUCAUUAAAUUGUAAGAUGAUAAAAAAUGAAGAUUUCGAUUUUUCUAAUUUCUAUAAAGAAAUAGGUAUAAAAAUUGCUAUAUUUCCUUUAAAUUUUCAAAAAAGUAACAGUGAAAUUAUGAAUUUUUUUAGUGAAUAUUUUAUUGAAUGUUUAUAUAUAAACUAUAAAUCAGAGCCGUUUAAUAAAACAGACAAACAAGAAAGUUCAAAGAAUUUAAUUUUUGAAAAAUUAAAAGAAAAUAAAAGAAACAAAUUCGAAGAAUACUAUGAAGAAGAUAAUGAAAGAUUAAUAGAAGCGUUACAUUGUCAUAUGUGGAAAAAUCUAGAAUUAAAAAAGAAAAAUGCAAUUAUUCAUAAUUUUGUAAAUAAUGAAAAUAAAAUUAAAAAAGAUACAAAAAAUGAUAAAUAUAUAAAAGAAAAUAAAAUUGAUAGAUGUAAUGAAAAUAUUAAAAAUGAUGAAAUUAUAAAAAACAAAGAUAAUAAUAAUAAUAAUGAAAACAUAAAAGAUAAUGAAAACAUAAAAGAAAAUGAAAAUAUCAAAGAUAGUGAAAACAUAAAAGAUAAUGAACAUAUUAAAGUGGAACAUAAUGUAAAAGAUGAAAAAAAUAUAAAAAAUAACAAAAAUAAUGAUGAAACAGAGGUUAAUAAAACAGACAUAUUUUUGCAAAAUUUUAAUCAAAUUGUAGAAAAAAUAAAAUUAGCUAAAAAUGAAAAUAAAAAUUGUAGUGAUUCUGUUAGAAGAAAAAAAGCAGAAGAUCUAAUCCUUGAAUUGCAACAAUAUUUUUGUGAUAUUGACGAGGAAUAA